UAAGACACGUCACUCCUUGUGCGUUGAUAGUACCCCUACAGCCGUCCUUGUGAAUCCGCCAUGAGUUCAGGCGUAUCAUGUCUUCAGGCAACGAAAAAUGCAGCAGCCACGAACAGCGGAGUGUCAACCUAUACCACACAACAGCCCACACUUGCGGCCUUUCUGGUGGGAGAUUCGAUUGGAUUCGUUCCAAAGCCAUGGCCGAAAGCGAAAUUCAAAGAAGCUCUAGUGGACACUCUCAAGGAUUUUGGAAAUCCUUGGGUUUUCUGUGAAUGCAUAAAUCCACCAAACCCUGAAAAGAAAACGAAUGACCAAAGGUGGUUGACGGUCACCAAGCUGGCUAUGGACGCCAGAAAGGAGUUUAGGCAAAUGCUGAAACCGAGCGAAGAACAUACAAACGUAGACGAGAACAAGGGAAAGAAACCAGGAGACAAAUGGGACCUAGCGAAGUCUGAAGACGACCCGAACACGUUCUGCUUGAUAGGAAUUAAGGAAAAAGAAGAAGGGAAAAAGAUAAUGAUUCCUGAAAAGGUAAAACAGCUUCUAGAUGAAAAAGAAAAGAUCCAGUUGAACAAUGUUUCUGAAACAAUGCUCUUCUUAGAGGAAAAAUUGUCUGCAAUUAUGAUUACGCCACUGAAAUUGAAUAAAAAUUCAGGAAAACAAUUCAAAAUGAAAUUACCAACCAUUGUUGUGGUGGUUGAGGGUGACCUUGACACAAUUAACCACGUGGCCAGAGCUGUAGAGAACAACAUUCCAGUACUGUUGGUGCGGGGAUCUGGAAUGGCCGCGGAUCUGAUUGGAUACUGUUUGGAAGAUGAUGUCGCUCUGAAGACUCGUGCACCGUUGCUGUUCGGGAUUUGUUUCACCAAGGAAAACUUCAAAUCGUUAGAAAAUGAUAUAGAGACCAUCAAGAACAAUAGAAGCAAGGUUUCUGAGUUUAACAUACAUACUGAAAGUACAACGUCUUUGAAAGACAAAGUGACAGAGAGUAUUAUUAGAACAUGGGCAAUGUCUCAUGUUGAAGGAGGGGCUACGGCAGCAGUUUUCGACGAGUACCGGCCUGAUAUAAACCCUAUAGCCGUGACCAAUGAUGUUCCGCCGCCAGCAGAGUAUACAACCGCACCCAACAACAUGACACGGCGGACUAGUAGGAUUGUGCCAAUAUCUGAGCAGGCUGUCCGCCCUUCUAGUCAAACCGAAGAGGAUCACAUACAGAAAGAGUUAAAACCGUCACCAAUAGCACUAUACUUAUUGUACCAGAUGCUCCAAACUAGCCAAACAACUGUCAUUGGCGACGGUGCGUUUGGCCGAGAUCUUCUACUAUACGCUCUAAAGGAGAACCUGUACGAUAUCACUGAAGUCCUGGUAGACAAAGGAGUGACACUCGAAUUUUCACAAGCCAAAGAUUUAUAUCAACAGCUAUACGACGAAAGAAAGGAGAAAAGCCAGAUACGGUCAUGUAUCGCAGAAAUCAUAAAGCUUCCCGGCGACGAGGCCUUCCCAAAGAAAAGAGAAGAUGUAUGGGAGGUUGGAUGCGACAUUAUUCCCUAUAAAAUUGCAAAGAAAGAAAAGAAGGAGCCUGAGGGGGAUAAUUUGAUGACGCCAUCUGAUUUACUCUUGUGGGCAGUGUUGACAAACAAAAUGGAAAUGGCAGAACUAUUUUGGAAACGUUCUCCUGAGCCGAUCCGUAAAUAUUAA